GUGAAAUCCUGCAAAACCCAGUAGCGCAGAGAUCGGCAAGGGCGAAUUUCCCGAGUGUCUGUAAUCUUUAACCAUGUCUCAGACUACUGUCCUCAAGGUUGCUAUGUCAUGUCAAGGCUGUGUUGGAGCCGUCAGGCGUGUCUUGGGAAAACUGGAAGGAGUCGAGACAUUUGACAUCGACAUUGAUGCGCAAAAGGUGACUGUGAAAGGCAACGUGGAGCGCGAUGUAGUUUUCCAAACUGUUUCCAAAACCGGGAAGAAGACUGCCUACUGGGAAGACGAAGCCCCAGCAGCAGCACCAGCACCGGUGGCAGCCGCAGCAGCUGCCCCUGCACCGGCGGCAGCCCCAGCAGCAGCACCUGCACCGGUGGCAGCCCCAGCAGCGGCACCUGCACCAGAGGCGGCCCCAGCAGCAGCAGCACCACCAGCUGAAGCAGAAGCUAAACCUGCCGAGAGUGUGGCUGCUGUUUAAAGUAUUACACCUAUUUACUAAUGGAAAUUUUCUGUUGAAUGCAUAAGGUCUUUACUUGGUCAAGCUAAUAAUGAUGUAUUAGUACGUAAACUCGGCUUCUGAGUCUGUAAUAUUUUGACAAGUGCCUCUUGAUUGGCCUUCUACGUUAAAACUCAAUUAUAAUCUACAGAUAUAUUUUUGUUUUUUUGCCUCAAA